AUGCAGCCCCAGCGACGUCCGUGUGAGUCUCUCACGCCCCAGCAGCUGCGUGAGUGGUAUGUUGGUUGGGGUUGUAGGGGUGUCGAAGCUGCUACUGCUACCACUACUGCUGCUACUACUACUGGUGGCGGCAAGAUGCAGCUCCAGCGACGCCCACAUGCGUCUCUCACGCCCCAGCAGCUUCGUGAGUGGUACGCUCAGAGUAGAGGGUCUCUUAGUUCUGUUCGCUACUCUUACGUGAUUCGCACUAAUGCUCGAACUGAGCCUGUUGCUCUAGUUGCUGGAGAGGCUGCUGCUCUGGGUGCUAGUGAGUCUCUUGCUCCAGGAAUAGGUGCGGCUACUGCUCUAGGUGCUAGUGAGUCUACUUCCUCAGGUGCGGGUGAGUCUGCUAUCUCAGGUACCGCGUCCGCUCUGGCCUCUCACACCUUCAUUCUUGACUCGGGGGCUUCCCGCUCCUUCUUUCGAGAUCGCACCACACUCACGCCGCUUGGUCGGCCAGUUGCAGUCUCUCUAACAGACCCCUCUGGGGGUCCUGUCCUUGCUCACUUCUCCACUGUCCUCCCGUGUCCGGCGGCCCCCUCUAGCACCCUGUCUGGUCCUUACCUCCCCUCGUUCUCUACGAACUUGGUGAGUGGUGCUGACCUACAGGAUGCGGGGGUUCACCAGUUCACUCCUGCGAGUCAGCGGGUGACCCACUGCACGGACGCUCGGAUAGGCCAACACCUGGCCACGUUUACAUGCCGGCUGGGGUCGAGCUUGUACACGCUGACCACUGCGUCUCCUCCAGUCACUGCGUCUGGUCGGGUAGCUGCGUCGGGUCAGGUGUUUGCUGCAGCGUCCAGGUCCGGUCCUGAGUCUACCCCUUGCUCGUGUCGCCUCCUGUCUCACGAGACUCUCCUCUGGCACCACCGCCUUGGCCACCCCUCCCUGCUUUGUCUCCGAAGCAUGGCCUACCGUCUCCUUGUCUCUGGUCUUCCCCGGUCCCUCCCUCCCCUUCCUCCGAGGCCUGGCCCUACCUGCAUCCCCUGUGUCGAGGGGCGGCAGCGGGCUGCCCCUCACUCCUGA